AUUCUGUGCCUGCAUCCCCCCUACCAGACCGCUCGACGCAUCUGCGCGAGCGGCGAACGUGCGACGGAGGCGACGUCACGCGCAGGGGACAGCAGAGGAAGCAGUCGCAGCUGCGUCAUGCAACCAUCGUAGCGACACAUACACGGUUGGUGCCGUCCAUUCGAGGCGACAACUAUCUUGCAAAGUGGCGUCACGUUGGCCUGGAUCAACGAGAAAGUGCAUCCAUGGUGGCUGUGGUGGUCGGUGUCGCUUGCGCCGCGAAAACCAACCCGACGAGCCAGGGUUGGCACUCUGCGCUCGCAUGGAGUGGCAUUCCCAACACCACGUCGCGGCAGCAUCGUAUGGUGCGCCUUCUCGCCCACAAACGCCACGUUUUCUGGCGCGGAUGUAGGAACCGAGCACGCCGGCGGAACGGACGUGACGUGCUUGCCUCCUGGCGCAACAACAACAACCCAUCGACCAGCCGCCUGAGUUGUUGGGUCGAGCCACGGCGCCACCCCCCUCUCGACAUGACGUGCGCAUCCCCCUCUUCGCACGCCUCAGGCCAACGCCACGCGCUGCAUCCACCGUACAUAGCAUGUGGCAAAUUCGAAAUUUCAACUUGUGUACUGUGUCCAAGUAGCUUCUUCUUAUCCACAUUGCGGCACGACAUCGAGAUGGGCGGCUUGCCACAACCAUCGCCAUCGAAUCAACUCAGUUUGGCACUUCGAUGCUCCACACAGGUCGUCCGGUCCACAGGUCGCCGCCGGCCGCAUCUCUCGACGCGGCGGCCCCACACGACCCAUCUGGCCCGCCCUCGACGAAACGCCACCAUCCGCCGCUCUCCUGUGCCGUUUGCCUGGACGAGUUGCACGACUCGACGUCCGCGGCGACCGCCACGUACGUGUGUGGGGUGUGCGGCGCGAGUGUGUGCCACGACUGCAUGCUCCAAUACGUCCACAUGACGAUUGCCGAGACGGGACGGAGCCGGCGCCGUCGCGCCAUGCGGUUGACGUGCCCUGGGGUGCGGUGCCCGGCCAUGCUGUCCCCCGACACGGUCGUUCCAUACACUUCCCACGACGACUACCAGGUAUACGUGGACUUGGUCGACGCCGCGGCGACGCCGAUCGAGUGCCCGCGCUGCGAAGGACGCGACGUGACGGUGGCCGGUCGCAAACUCACCUGUGCCACGUGCCACGUGUCGUCUUGCAACCACUGCGGCGACCCGUACCAUCUCUUUGGGUGCCGACAGGACAAAGCGUUCCAACGAUGGAAACAGCACAACGACGUGCGGACGUGUCCGCAGUGCCACGCCGCCAUUGAAAAAACCGGCGGGUGUACGCACAUGACGUGCAUCUACUGCGCGUUUGACUUUUGCUGGCUUUGCCGCGUCGAGUGGCAAGACCACGCGGACGUCAUGUGCAAGCCGAGGGCGUUCCUCACAUCGACGUCUACAUCGCUUGGGCCUACCGCGCCCGUACGAGCCGUGACCAAAGCUGUCGUGGUUGUGGCGGCGCUCGCCGUCGUGGCCGUCGGCGUGGGGGUUGCGACCGUCCUCGUGGCGCCGCCGCUCUUGUUUGCCAACAGCGCCAAAACGUGGUGGCGUCGCCAAAAGCAAGGCAAGUCCCUCAAGGCACUCAAGCAACGACGGGACCUCAAGCUCGACGCCACCGAAUGAAGCAUACGUGCUGCUGAUUAUCGUCCGACAUCGUCGUCCCAACAUGGUGAUGCUGCCGGCCUCGCCCCCGACGGAAGGGUCGUCGCCAGCACCCUUUUCGCACUUUUUGAAAGUAAAUCGAUACGCGUUUUUGGUCCCCA